CGACUCCCACAGAAUUAUUUACAAAUGAUUUACAAAUGAAAAGUCUGUCCUAUUCGCCGUUAAUUGUGUUACUUGAAAAUAACUUCGCCUAACCUAUAUCAUUCAUUUACUCUACAAUAAAUUUCGAUCCAUGUGUUACGACUCGACGAUAUCGGUCUUAAAAUAACGUUCAGCAAGAGAAAAUAAAAGAGCGGAAGAGAAAUUCAGAUUACGUUACUGGAGUAAGGCAACCUCUUUACACUUCGCGUAGGUGCACUCCGUUUUGGUCAACGUAAAAUCUAGAGUGUGCGCUGCUGUAUAUACUGUGCCUGUAUGGUGUAAACAUGGCCUCGCGGUAUAGUGGUGUUCAGCGAGUUUUAGCGAAAUUGGAGGCGUCGAUAAACUCAGGAAAUUAUUAUGAGGCCCAUCAGAUGUACAGAACGAUAUAUUUUAGAUACCUCCGCCAGAAAAAACAUUCGGAGCUCCUGGAAUUGCUGUACAGAGGAUCAAUGCUACUGCUACAGCACGAACAGCAUGCGAGUGGAGCCGACCUAGGAAUAUUAUUUAUCAAUGUUUUAACACGUGGCACUGAACGUACACAAAGUUUCUUUGAGAAAAUCACAAGCUUGUUCAGCUUAAUGAGCCCGAUAUCUCCAGAAAGAGAAGUAUUUGUGCAAUCAGCACUCAAGUGGAGUAUAAUAGGUACAGAUUACAAAACUGGUCAUCCAGAUUUGCACCAGAUGAUAGCUCAAGUGUUUUGGAGAGAAAAGAAUUAUAUAAUGGCAAGGCAACACUUUAUACAUAGUAGAGACGGUUCUGGAUGCGCAGCUAUGUUGGUCGAACUUCACGAGCAACGUGGAUACAUGAAUGAAAUAGAUCUCUUUAUAACUCAAGCAGUUUUACAAUAUCUUUGUCUACACAAUAAAGCAACGGCGCAAGAAGCAUUCAAUUCUUACACUUCAAGACAUCCAAAGAUAAAUAAUAGUGGACCGCCAUAUCUUCUUCCUCUAUUAAACUUCUUGUUUUUCUUACUUAAAACAAUCGACAGUGGUAAACUAGCGGUGUUCACAGUCCUCUGUGAACAGUAUCAGAUAGCCUUAAACAGGGAUCCAUGUUAUAGACAGUACUUAGACAAAAUAGGCCAACUCUUUUUCAAUAUUCCGCCACCACGUCCGCACAAUCAAGGACUGUUCGGCUCGAUUUUGCAAUCCUUUAUCAAUGGCCUGGAGGAUGACGACUCGGAUGACGAACAACGAAAUGCCGCUUCGACUUCGCAUGCCGCGCAAGAACUUGAUUGAUUAAAGGUGAGACAGUACUGUGCAAUACGAUACUGAAUAUAUGGAACUUUUAUAUAUAUCAUUUCUCGACCCAAAUACUUUCACUGCACCUGUACUGUCCGAGAGUUUGAGAAAUAGCAAAACAUUUGCAAUGGAAAAGUCAAUAAAUUAUGAUGUGCACAUGCAAUCUGAGAAAUCUCUGAGGUAUGAAAGUAUGUGGGACGACUUCUUAUGGGAAUUUAUCAAAGUUGUAAGUCACCUACACUGAAUUCAGAAUAGUACAUAGACACGCUGGUUAUUUUAUACAUAUCUAUGAUUAAAAUUUCUUUUAAUUAAGUCAGACUUACAAUAAAGCGAUACAUAUAUCUUUGCAUAAAACUUUAGAAGACAAUAUUGUCCACAAUGAGAUCAUUCAAUGGCAAGUAAAAGAACUUCAUUGAAUUAGAUAUUACAUUUCAGGAUAUAAGAAAGAAUAGGGUCUCAACUUUUUGGUAAAAGACUCGACUUUUUGUGAAAUUCACGUAUCGUCACUUUGUACAUGCUGUUAUGAAUUCAGCAAUUAUAUACUUAGACUUUGAAUAAAAUCCUUGCCAUCAGCUACAACCUGUAUACCAUGCAUAUAAUCGCAUUAAUGUAUACCCGCGUGUAAUUGCUCUGGAUCGGAGAUUUAUUUUAUAUAAACUAAAACACGUGUGACAAAUAAAUAUGACGUAAUUAUAGCUUCCGAAAAAAAGAAUGCUUAAUUGCUUGUUGCUGAGGCUUCGAGGAAAUAAAUUAUACGUCGGGGCAACAAGCAAUAUAUUUAUUUAUCGGAUUCUAUAUUGUUAUGGAUAAAAUUAUUUGAAGUUCUAGACAAAAGCAAACGUAUAUAUUUAGUUAAAUAAAAUGACCAUUAUGCUGUAUCAACAGAAAAAGUUUUACAGCUUUAUAUUUAAUAAAACUAAGAUAAUAUUGCUGCGCGCGUAUUAAAAAAGAAAUGGAAGCAUAAACAUUCAAUUAAUAAAUCUAGCUUUGUAACAAAUAUAUAUCCUUCUAGAAACACAUGUAAGUACAUUGAGUAUCCUCUAAUUUUGUAAGUAUUAUCUGUUACUUUAUCAGAAUUAUUUGAGAUGAUACUAUUAUUAUAUCAAUAUGUGAUAACACUGUCAUUAAUACUUAUAAUCGUUGUAUAGCAAUUUAAAAAAUUUAUAGUUCUGAAUUAUAGCUUGGAAACUAGAAUUCUAAUUUUUUAUAAAGAUCAAAUAAUUAUGUAUAUUAAUUUAAUAAAAAUUGAUAUUGUACAUUUGAUAUUAAUUAGAAUAACUUUCCUCUCAAAAGUGGAUACUCUGUACAUGAACAUCAAAUUGGUCAAGAUUAUAUGGGAAUGCAAGAAAUUGAUAUUUUAAACGAUUAAUUCAGAAAUCUUAUAUUUAUAUAAAUCACUUGAAAAAAUAUAUAACGAAUAAUAGAAAAUGAUACAUUACUUUACUAGCAGCUCCUCUUUCUGUACCUGACAGAAAUAUUUAAUUUAAUAAUUGUACAUAUAUGUGUGAGUGAAAUAUGCAGAUACGUUUAUCUUGUUGUUCUAAUUGUUAAAGCAAUAUUUGUUUCACAAUAUAGCCGAUUAUCG